AUGCUGGCGGGCGGGAAUAGGGUAUCAGGACCCAGAGACCCCUCCCUGCCCGCUGCGCGCCUCCAGAGGCCCCGCCUGCAUCCACAGGUCCUCCACCAACUGUGCGCCCCUGGUAUCUACAGCACCCCCUUCCCUGGAGACGUGCGCCACCUGCGUCUCCCUUCCCGAGCAGAGACCCCCUUGCCCAGAUCGUGCUGUGGGCCCGGAGGACGACAGCCCUACCUGUCUGUCACCAGCAGUCCCCGAGCGCCCGCUGCUCUGUUCGGGCCUCUCCAGCAGCAACUCGCUUCCGCCGGGGCCGGCCCGCCCCUCGGCCGUGACGUUAGGGGCGGGGUCUCUUCGGGCACCGCCCCCUCCGCCAACGUGGACAGGGCGGGGCCUGGUGAGGGCCCGGGAGCACAAACUACGGCCUGCGGAGCCGAGGACAGGGGGCGCACCGCGGACGCUCCCACCGAGGCGGGCGCCGACCUCCCGAACUGGACCCUCGGGAGCGCCAGGGUGCCGAGGAAGCAGGAUUUUCUGUGUGAAGAACCCAUCACUCACCGUCUUAUGGAAGGCUGUAGGCUGGGAGAGGCUGAAGGACUGGCCCAGAGUCAGCAGCAGGAAGGCCGUCUGACCAGCGCCUCCAGAGAGCUCCCCAAAGCCAGCAGGAGCGCCCACGGUCAGGCUUCACUCCAUCGUCCACCUGCUCUAUGAAAGGGGGCUUAAAAUCCCAUCCUUGAGACCGCCAGGGCCUGGAGCAGGGGGGUCAUCCUCCCCAGGCUUCAUGGCUGGCUGGGCCUCGUGUCCAGGACUGGGGGGCUUCCUCUGGAGAGGGCAGGCACUCAGGGACUGAGGGCUUUGAGGGCAGGGCAGGGUGAGCAGGCGGGUGCCCGCCUGUCGUUCCUGGGGUGCUGGUGGGCAGGGGAUCCCUGCCCACAAAGGCUCCCAAGAGGCAGCUGCCCCCGGAACUCGGGUUGGCCUGCCCUUGGGGUCACGUCCCCGGCCCCCUCUGGCCUCUGGAGUCAACCUGCUGGGCUCGAAGAGAGCUCUGCCACCGGGAGGUGUGGCCUGGAGAAGGCGUUUCCCCUUCUGUGCCUCACUUUCCUCACGAGGUUCCCGCACAGCCUUGGGACACUGUGUGCACAGAACACACAGUCAGGUCCAGCUGGGCCUUCCCCGGGGACCCCACACGCUGCUCCCACACCACCUUCUGCCGUGGUGACAGAUGCUGCCUGGGGCUGGGGCCGGGCCACCUGCGUGUGUUCCCCACCUGGAGAGCAACAUGACUCCUGGGAACCCUUCGGGAGAAGUGGUCCGGGCUCAGAUCCUGCCCAGUGAUGACCUCUGACCCUGCCAACCUGCUAGGCCCCCCAGAGUGUGUCCAGUGCUAGAACGAGCAGCCCCACGGAUCCCACUCCUGGGCAGAGGUCUGGGAGGCGGGCUGGGCUUGGCGAUGGUCCCAGGGGCCUCUGGGACCGUCUGGCUCUGGCUGGUUGGCUGGGAGUGGCUGUGCUGCCCAGGCCUCCGCCCAGCCAGUGGGAUGGGGAGCAGGUGAACCGCGCUGACCGAGACAGCAGUGACCUCUUUAUUUCCAGCUGGGUGAGUGGUUGCCCAGGGGCCUGUAACAGUCAGGGCGGGCAGGUGGGGGGGCUACCGGCAGGCUCCGACCCUUGGCUUCACACCGACCCUGAAGGGGCUGAGCGGGGGAGGGGAUUCUCCAG